AAUCUAAACCACUUACUUGUUUUGGUCAAAUUAUCUGAAACACCUGAACGCUAAACACAUACAAGAUACAAGAACCGAGCUCAUUCAAUCUCAUCCAUGGAGACCAUUCACUCAACCUUUUCAAUUUUCCACACAAACCCAGUUUUCUUCACCCGCAAGCCUCUUAGACCCAUCAAGGUUUCCAUCAAACCUCCACCACCAGACUUCGAUUUCAGGUCAGAAAUAUUGGAAGACUCGAGAGCCACAAUCGCAAAAACUUACCCUGAAUUGCUUGAUUUGGCUGAAAAUGGGAGCUUGUUCUUGGUCGAUAAGAGCCGGUUCGGCCCGGUUCCCGCAUGGAGAACCGAGUUCGUUGAGCCUGAGGCGAUAUGGUUAGUUGGAACCACUCAUAUUUCUCAGGACUCUGCUCUGGAGGUUGAGCGUGUAGUCCGGGCAGUGAAACCUGAUAAUGUGGUUGUGGAGCUAUGUAGAAGCAGAGCUGGGAUUAUGUAUGCUUCCAUGGAUGAUGAGUCCGGUCAACAAUUGAAGUCGAACAUGUUCUCUUUGAGUGGAAAUGGAUUCUUUGGAGCCGUUGGUCGUAGCAUAAACUUGGGGGGUCAAACUGCUCUGGCAUUACGCGUACUCUUGGCGGUUUUCUCUUCAAAGAUCUCAUCAGAUACCAACCGUCCUUUCGGUGAUGAGUUCCGCGCUGCUCGUAAAGCCUCUGAAGAAGUUGGUGCUCAGAUUGUUUUGGGGGAUCGCCCAAUUGAAAUAACUCUUGAAAGGGCUUGGAAUUCUCUGACAUGGACAGAGAAACUGAGCUUAGUGACGUCGGUUUUUCGUGGGAUAACAUCACCAUCUGAUAUGUCCCAAAAGAGUCUCAAGGAAUCAAGUACAAGUGACAGCACAUUUCAGCUGUAUGAGCAACUAAGUUCUUCAUAUCCCUCACUCCUGCAACCUCUUAUACAUGAACGAGACACCUACCUUGCAUGGUCUUUAAAGAGGAGCAAAGCUGUUAAUAAGAGUAAGAGAGUGGUGGGGGUUAUCGGAAAAGGCCACAUGAAUGGUGUAAUCUAUGCACUAUUAGCUGACUCAGGAGACCUACGGUUUCGAGACCUCGUAGGAGGACAGAGGCCUUCAUGGAGUUCUAACGAUGCUGCUUCUAAUGGCUGGGUUGUCAGGUUGCUCAAGGACUUGGUUAGAGAUACUAUCAUUGGCAUUGUCUUGUGGGCAUUAUAUGAGCAGAUCAAAGAUGGGUUAUAGAGUAAAAUACAAUUUGCUGGUGUUAAAAACAUUUUUAUACUGCACAAAGUUGUUUUGGAAUCACAAAUUGGUGAAAACUUCUGUCUAAUAAACAAAUUUUCAUGAAAUAAUGGGAUACAGUAAAUUGGGGAUUAAUUGCUGCAUCCAAGCUUAUCAUGUAUGGAUAUUGUUCAUGUAUAAAUUGUUUUCAUUAGGCAAACAAA